GUGAGUUCUCGCGAAGAUGGCAUUUCGCUCUUUACGGUAAUGUUGGAACUGCUAGCAUACAACCAAUGCAAAAUAUUCAGCCAAAUCCCGCAAUGGAGCGGGGAAGCAUAAAAAUAUUUAGGAACGCUGCUUAGUGCAAGAUGACACAGGGCGAUGAUACUGAUCUUAUUGUAAGCAAGGAAAGAUCCUUAAAAAAGUCGAUGAUCGCAUCGCCCUGAAACUAUGUACAAAUCAAACAUGGAACAAAAUAUUUCGGCUAUAAUCAAUUCCAUUUUCAGUUCGUUCAUUUUUUCAGUGCCACAUGCACUAUUGACAUGCCAAAGACAAUUCCUUUACUUUCGGGUCGCCAUGUGCCUACGAUGCGACAUAGCUGCGAUUUCGGUGUCAUCACCUCAAAAGCCUGUCAUUUUACGUCACCCACUCUGACCAACCACAAGUCGCGAACCGUUGCAACACCGUCUGCUCCGAGGCAGUCGACUGCAGACCACCGGCCGUUCCUGUGACAGCCCGUAUAAAGUCCGGCACGGCCAUCGAUUCGUCACUUCAUCAGCAGAGGCCUGCCGGUGUCAACUCACACACCCAGUACCACAGCAUACUGUCAUGACUCUCAUUGUGUUUGCCGCCGUGCUGGCUGUGGCCGCCGCCGCCCCCCAGGGGUUCCAGCAGAACUUCCCAGGAAGCCAGCCUCAGGUGCGCAUCUUGAGCCAGCGGUUCGAGCAGGACCCGCAGGGCAACUACGAGUACGGGUACGACCAGGACAACGGCCAGAUCGUCAGCGAGACGGGCCGCGUGUUCCCCGGCCCGGAGCCGGGCACCGGCAGUCUCAGCCAGCAGGGCAGCUUCCAGUUCGUCAGUGAUGACGGCCAGACGUACCAAGUGUCGUACGUGGCCGACGAGGGUGGCUUCAAGCCGGAGGCGGCGCACCUGCCCGUGGCGCCGACGCAGAUCCCCGAGUACGCCCAGCUGAGGAUCGACCACCCGGAGCUGUUCUGGGCCGAGGCACAGCAGCUCCUCUAGGACGUGCGUGCAAUAGUUGCCUUUAUUAAAACUUUCGUGAGAAACUAGUCUUGCCAUGUGAGACACCGUUUGUAUAUGUCCUGUUGCUCUUGCUCAAUACAUUU